AUGGAGCUGGACAUGCCCAUUACGCGAGUCCUUCUUAAUUCCGGUCCUAGCAGCGUUCGGGAUUCAAAAAUUGCUAAACUCACUGUUCAGCCUGCGCAAGUCCUUAACAAACUUCCUGUACAGUUGGCCACCUCAUUAUCGAAAAUUGAGCCAGACGGUUCAGGAGUCGCUACCAUCGGCAAGAUGUGUGACAGCACUAAAUACAAGUUAUCUGUUGCAAGACGAAACGAGCGUGAACGCCGGAGAGUGCAACAUGUUAAUCGAACUUUCGAUACCCUUCGCCAUCAUGUGCAAGGUUACAAAAACGCUAAUAAGAAAAUGUCGAAGGUGGAGACUUUACGUUGUGCCGUUGAAUACAUCCGUGAGCUGCAGACCAUUCUAGGCUUAUCUCAAGAGGAUAAAGUGUUAUGCGCGGCUGACGACAACGAGCCCUACGAUCAAGGCAAUAUUUCGACUAACUUCGACUAUCAGAUGCCGAUAACACCUAGUUCGCCUACUCAACCCUCACAAACGUUGAGCUUCGAGUACCCCUCUGGAGACCCGUUUAGCUCACCCAGCUCGAACACAUCCUCCCCGUUACCGCCCUCACCACCGGCAAGCACCCCACCAGCACAUGCUGAAAUUUUCUCCCUUCAAACAACCUGUUCUUUGCCAGCAAGUCCUGUUUUAUCUGUGGACAACCUUUCAACGGGCACGACGAUUCUUGCUGACCGCCUAAGAAUGCCUCCGUUGAAUGCCUCUACUGAGUCUGUCGUUGUGAAGCAAGAACUCUUUGAGUGUAUCACCCCAGAAGUUCCGACGGGAAUAUCGUUCGAUUUUAAUGCCAAUUCGACGGCGCCAGUGCUAUUGCCGAACGCCGUUUGCAACGAGGAUCACGUCCUCUAUGACCGAAGUUAUAGCCAACUCACCGCGGCGCUUCAGACGCACCCCGGUCAAUCGCUCAGCCAUCUGAACUUCAAUGACUAUCAAUGUAAGAACUGGCUUAUCGCGUUGUAA